ACCGCCUUUAACAUUUCGUUUCAAACUCACGUGAAGCUCUCGUUGCUCAUAACAUCUUUAUAAUACGCGUUUAACUAUGAUUUGUACACUAAAGUUGUAUAUCAUGUUAUAGAUCCCAUUACCAUGCAUUUUAUUAGUAGUUGUUGGAGGAGAAGUACUGUCUCAAUUGCUGUCUCAAGGUCUCUUUUAGUGAAAAGGCUCUUUUGUUCUGGCUGGCCGGAGGAUGACACUAUCUUCUCCUUGUCGUCGGGUCAGGGCAAGUGUGGGGUGGCGGUGGUCCGGGUCAGUGGUCCGGCUUCAGCGCUCGCUGUCCGCCGUCUGACCCGAAGCCUCCCCGCUCCUCGAACCGCCAGCCUCCGCAGCAUCAGCCACCCGCAGAGCAAAGAGCUGCUGGACCGCGGCCUGGUCCUAUGGUUUCCAGGUCCCGCUAGUUUCACAGGAGAGGACAGUGCAGAGUUUCACAUUCACGGGGGUCCUGCUGUCAUCAGCGGGGUCUUGCAGGCACUUGGGAGUUUGCCUGGCUUGCGGCCUGCAGAGGCAGGUGAGUUCACCCGGCGGGCGUUUUAUGCUGGAAAGUUGGAUCUCACUGAAGUAGAAGGUCUUGGUGAUCUGAUCCAUGCUGAGACAGAAGCACAGAGACGACAGGCACUCCGGCAGAUGGCAGGAGACCUGGGGCGCAUCUAUCAGGACUGGACAGAUCAGCUUAAACGAUGCUUGGCUCAUGUGGAGGCAUUCAUCGACUUCAGUGAGGAUGAACUCAUAGAGGAUGGAGUCUUGAAUGACGUGGACCGAGCCGUUCAGCAACUGCAGACGGACAUGGAAAACCACCUUUCAGAUGAGCGGAGAGGAGAGCGUCUGCGCACCGGGGUUCACGUGGUCAUUGCUGGAAGCACCAACGCUGGCAAAAGCAGCCUACUCAACCUGCUCACUCAGCGUCCUGCAGCCAUAGUGUCUCCUACAGCCGGGACCACCAGAGACGUGCUGGAGGUCCCUUUAGACAUCGGGGGCUAUCCUGUGCUGCUGAGCGACACGGCAGGACUACGGGACACCAGUGACAGUGUGGAACAGGAGGGCGUCCGGCGCGCCCGGCAGCGGGUGGAGCAGGCGGAUCUGUCUCUGGUGGUUGUGGACUUGACGCAGCUUCCUUCUGAGCACAGGCAUGUGCCCAUCUUCCUCAGAGGACACUUGAAGAAUAUCCUGGAGCGCUCCUCUCAGCGCCAGCAGCACAUCCUGAUCCUCAACAAAAGCGACCUGGUCUCGGCUGAACAGCAGCGCAGCAUCCAGACGUCCCUUCGGGAGCUCACUGAUGCUCCUCCUGCAUGCUUUCUGUCCUGCCACAGCAGAGUCGGCCUGGAGGAGCUCCUGACCACGUUACACAACACACUGAAGACCCUGUGUGGUGACCCGCUGAUGGGCAGCCCGACUCUGACUCAGACUCGACACCGGACUCAUCUGCAGAAGAGCAUUGAGGCUUUACAGCAGUAUGAUCAGUACAGGGAUGUGGACCUGGCGCUGGCGGCUGAAGGCCUUCGUCUGGGGCUCUUGAGCCUGGGCAGGAUCACUGGUAGAGUUAGUCCUGAGGAAAUAUUAGACGUCAUUUUCAGAGACUUCUGUAUUGGGAAGUAGAACAGUGUAAAUGGGCAUGUUCAUUAUAAUUUCACUAGUAUUUUUAAAAAUAAAAAUCAGACUCAAACAUUUGAAGUCAUCUAAAGAAGUCUUUUUCAGGACGUGCACAACUGUUAAUUAAUGUAAUUAAAGAGAUAGUUAACCCGAAAACGACAAUUUACUCUCAUUUACUGGUUCUAAACUUGUAUUAAUUUCUUCUGUUAAAGAUGAAACAAGAUGUUCUGAAGAAUGUUGGAGGAAAAAAGCAGCCAUUGACAUCCAUUAUGAGAACAAAAAUACAAUGGAAGUCAAUGUUUUAUUUCUAACAUUCUUCAGGGCAUCUUGUUUUGUGAGAAACUCAUACAGGUUUGGAACAAGGUCAUAAAGGAUUGACGAUAUAUUUGUGAACUAGUGUAGAAAUAGAGAAUGAAGGCACAGAGUCUGAAUGUCUUAAUGCUGUCAAUUUAGUUCACUGCUACUUUCUCCAAAACAACAAUACCCAGAAUGCAAUGUUUUCUAUGGAAUGUAAUGGGGAAAAAAUAACCAAAAUGGUAUGUUAUGGCUGUUUUUUCUUAACAAUUUCUUUUUACAAUGAUAUGUCACACAAAUAAGUGUGGAAAACACUUUAUAUACUAAAUUAACUUAUGAACUAAACUGCUGAUAGAUCACUGAAUAAAUAAUCAUGAUAGAAACAUAACUCAGUCUACAAAA